UACACCAGAGGUUCUUUUGAAAACCUUUUGUUUUCCAUUGAAAGAUUUAAUAAAGCUACAAACAAUUAUUUUUCGAAAAUCACCAUUAUUGGAUACGAUUUCAAGAAAAGAAGAUUUCUAGAUAAUUAUGUCAAGGCACUAAGGUUUCCCAUACAAAAUGUCAAUUACAUAGGAAUCAAUCCA